AUGUCUGCCGCCGCUCUCGGUGCCACAGCUUCGGCUCCCUACCCUCCCCUCGAGGACCGCCCGAUCAAGAACACCAUCUGCCUCUUCGAUGUCGACGACACGCUCACCCGCCCCCGUCUGCCCGUGACGGAGGAGAUGCUCUCGACGCUCGCGACGCUGCGCCAGAAGGUCGCCAUCGGCUUCGUGGGCGGCUCCAACCUGGUCAAGCAGCAGGAGCAGCUGGGCGCCCCCGGCCGGCCCGUGACGACCAUGUUCGACUUCUGCUUCGCCGAGAACGGCCUGACGGCCUACAAGCUGGGCGCCGAGCUGCCCUCCAACAGCUUCAUCAAGUGGAUCGGCGAGGACCAGUACAAGGAGCUGGCCCGCUUCAUCCUGCACUACAUUGCCGACCUCGACAUCCCCAUCAAGCGCGGCACCUUUAUCGAGUUCCGCAACGGCAUGAUCAACGUCAGCCCCAUCGGCCGCAACGCCAGCACCCAGGAGCGCGCCGACUUUGAGAAGUACGACCUGGAGCACAAGAUCCGCGAGACCUUUGUCGCCAAAUUGAAGGAGCGCUUCGCACACCUUGGCCUGACCUUCUCCAUCGGCGGCAUGAUCUCCUUCGACGUCUUCCCCAAGGGCUGGGACAAGACCUACUGCCUCAAGCACCUGGAGGAGGACGCCAAGAAGCCGGGCGGCAUCGAGUACAAGACAAUCCACUUCUUCGGCGACAAGACCUUCCAGGGCGGCAACGACUACGAGAUCUACAGCGACCCCCGGACCGAGGGUCACUCGGUCAAGAACCCCGACGACACCCUGCGCCAGCUCAAGGAGCUGUUUGGCGUCUGA